AUGCAGCCACCUCUGGCUGCAGGUAAUCAGGCGACGGAAAGUGUGGAACUGAUCCGGCAUGGCACUGCAGGUGAUAGCUCCGCUGCACUCGUAGACCAACUAGUUCUAGAAUUCCUUUGCUUGGAGCUCAAUGAGCCGCCGGCUGCACACCUCGCCAAAAUGGCCGGAGACGGAGCUCAGCUCCAGUUCAUUAGCAGCAUGUUCGAUCACAAUCCCAUUUUGGAGCAACUUGCAGCGAGCGCUGUAUCCCAACUUGGUGCCACUAUGCAGCGUAGCUUGCCUAAUGAACAUGAAAAUCGUGACGAAUCCACUAUUCCUGUGGAAAGAACUCAGCAACUUCGUCUGCUUUAUCUCAUUCGCGAAGUGUUGGAACGUCGUAAUAUCUUAAGCCAAAACAUCACUACACAGGCGAAGCAACAUCGGUCAAUACAGACACCGACUACUCACACUGACCUUCAACAGGAAAUGAAAUCAACUAGCGUUUCGGAACACUGUGAAUAUUAUGGGAGUAAAAAGCAGUCCACAUAUCGAACAAACUUGACACAAAACGUGCCGGUCGCACACAAUCCAAGAGGUGCGAUCACCCAACACGAAAGCGAAUUCGCCAGAGCACCGUCCAAAGUUGGCACUACACCAGUCGCUGGACAGCAACAGCAAGUUGUUCGGACUUCCAAAAUCACGGAAAAAAGCACUGAAAGCCAUGUCACUAUGUCCGUAAAAAUCUACAUUCCCUCACCUCCACCUGGAGUGAAGUGUAGCUAUGUUGGACGUCUUAUCGGGCCGAAUGGAAUAACGAUUAGGGAGCUUCAACUCGAGACGAGCUGCCACAUCGCUGUCCGCGGUAGGGGAAGUAUCAAGGACAGCAAACUUUUUCGUAAAAUGCGCUACAAACCAGGAUUUGGACAUCUCAAGGAGGACACACACGUGCUUGUCGAGGCAACAGCGUCUUCUCGCACGGAAUGUCGUUCUCUUAUCGAAAAGGCGAAGACGCGCAUAUCAGAGAUGUUCACACCGGAAUUCGAUGCCUUAAAACGCGAGCAGCUCAUUCAUUUUGCUAUGCUCAAUGGAACCUAUAGACAGAGUCUGCUUUCCCUUCGACCUACAUGA